AUGGCCAAGGCGUCCUCCGAGGAGGCUGUCUUCGACGAUGCCAGCAUCAGCUUCCUGCGGUAUCAGCUCGCCUACGCAGCUAUCGAGUAUUCUUUCUAUGCUCUUCAUGCCGUCUCGUUCUUCAGCGCGGCCUACAUCUUGAUAAAGAGAGGGAUCCGCACCUCUCGGGCCCGGCUGGGUCUGCUCGUCGUAACGACGGCGAUGUUCUGUCUGGCGUCGACCUUUGUCGUCAUUGACAUCGUCCUGCUACGAGACUACGUGAAUAUCAUGGCGGGGCGAGCGACGGAGGAGGAUCCGAACAUCUUACGCUGCUGGAUCGCGCAGAACGUGAUCUUUCGCAUCAUGUUCAUGCUGAGCGACACGGUAGUCGUGUGGCGGGCCGUGCUUGACGAUCAGCUAUCGCGAGUAGCAUUUGGACUUCCCGCGAAGCCGCUCACUGACGCCCGAAUAGUGGGCUUGCUCGCGGAUAUCGGCAUUAUCGUAUGGGAACGAAUCUCAGUAUAUUACGAGGAUCAGUACUGGUACUCACUCAUCCUGACCCUGCCCACCCUCCUCACGAACAUCGUUGUCACCACUAUGACCGGGAUAAGAGCAUGGACUCACCACAAAUUCAUGAUGUCGGGGAUCACUUCGAGGGACUACACGCAGCGCGUCUUCAAGGCCCUGCUGGUGUUGUGCAUCUCCGGCACCAUGUACUGUGGACUUUGUUUGGCGUUCUUUGCUGCUGGUAUUACCCAGCACGGUAUACAGCACUGGGGCGAAAUAAUCGCAGCAGUCGGCGCGAGCAUCUCUGGCUCUUACCCGACACUCAUCGUCAUCUGGGCGGCCCUCGAACGCGACGACGAUCCUGCCGUCGAAGUUCAACUCGGUGUCAUGCAGCAGAACACGACCGUGAACUUUGCAACCCCGCGUGAGAGCGUACUACAGGUCGCGCAAAUUGAAAGCUGGGCGAGGCAGGAAAGUCUUCGGGGGAAUGGUAGGACGGACUUCGUCCACGUCAAGGAAGAACCACAUGAAAUCGUGUAG